AUGGCAAGCACUUAACCACUAUGCUUACCGCGAUGCAGUGUUCCUUGCAGAAAGAUUAUAUGCAGAAGGCUUGCAGAAGGAGAGCAGAUCUUAUCUGGUGGAGUGUUGAAUAAACAGAAAAGCCAUGAUGACAUUGUUAUGGAGUUUGGUGACUCUGCAUGCUUUACACUCUCCUUACUGGGACAUGUCUACUGUAAGACAGACCGGCUUGCCAAAGGAUCUGAAUGUUACCAAAAGAGCCUUAGUUUAAAUCCUUUCCUCUGGUCCCCUUUUGAAUCGCUAUGUGAAAUAGGUGAAAAACCAGACCCUGACCAAACAUUUAAAUUAACAUCUUUACAGAACUUCAGCAGCUGUCUGCCUAACACUUGCACAACGUUGGUAUCCAAUCACAACAUAUCCCAUAGACAGCCUGAGACUGUCCUUAUGGAAACGCCGCAAGACACAAUUGAGUUGAACAGAAUCAACCUAGAAUCCUCCAAUUCAAAAUACUCCUCCUUGAACACUGAUUCUUCUAUGUCUUACAUUGAUUCAGCUGUAAUUUCACCUGAUGCAGUCCCUCUUGGGUCAGGAACUGCCAUACUGUCUAAACAGGCUCAAAAUAAACCAAAAACUGGCCGGAGUUUACUGGGGGGACCUGCAGCUUUGAGCCCACUAACUCCAAGCUUUGGAAUUUUGCCACUAGAAACCCCAAGCCCUGGAGAUGGAUCAUAUUUACAAAACUACACGAACUCUUCUUCUGUAAUUGAUGUGCCAUCCACAGGAGCACCUUCAAAGAAGACUGUCAGCAGGAUAAGCCAAGCUGGAACAAAAUCUGUCUUCUCACAGAGCGGAAAUAGCCGGGAAGUCACUCCAGUUCUUGUUGCACAAACACAGAGCUCUGGCCCACAGACAAGUACGACACCUCAGGUAUUGAGCCCAACAAUUGCUGCUCCACCAAACGCACUGCCUCGAAGAAGCUCUCGCCUGUUUACUAGCGAUAGCUCUACAACAAAGGAAAAUAGCAAAAAAUUAAAAAUGAAAUUUCCACCUAAGAUUCCAAACAGAAAAACAAAAAGUAAAACAAAUAAGGGAGGAAUAACUCAACCAAACUUAAAUGAUGGUUUGGAAAUUACCAAACUGGACUCUUCCAUCAUUUCAGAAGGGAAAAUUUCCACUGUUGCACCACAGAUCCAGGCUUUUACGCUACAGAAGGCAGCAGCAGAAGGUUUGAUGAGCCUUCUUCGUGACAUGGGGAAAGGUUAUUUAGCCUUGUGUUCGUACAACUGCAAAGAAGCGAUCAAUAUUUUAAGCCAUUUACCAUCCCACCACUACAACACUGGCUGGGUGCUGUGCCAAAUUGGGAGAGCUUACUUCGAACUUGCAGAAUAUAUGCAGGCUGAGAGAAUAUUUUCAGAAGUAAGGAGGAUUGAAAACUACAGAGUAGAAGGCAUGGAGAUCUAUUCAACUACGUUGUGGCAUCUGCAGAAAGAUGUUGCGCUCUCAGUUCUUUCAAAGGAUUUGACGGAUAUGGAUAAAAACUCACCGGAGGCAUGGUGUGCUGCAGGAAACUGUUUCAGCUUGCAACGAGAGCAUGACAUUGCAAUCAAGUUCUUCCAGAGAGCCAUUCAAGUUGAUCCAAACUAUGCUUAUGCCUACACCCUGUUGGGGCAUGAAUUUGUGUUAACAGAAGAACUAGACAAAGCAUUAGCUUGUUUUAGAAAUGCAAUCAGAGUCAACCCUAGACACUAUAAUGCAUGGUAUGGGUUGGGAAUGAUUUAUUACAAACAGGAAAAAUUCAGUCUAGCAGAAAUGCACUUCCAGAAAGCACUUGAUAUCAAUCCUCAGAGCUCAGUCUUACUGUGUCACAUUGGAGUAGUUCAACAUGCACUGAAAAAAUCUGAAAAGGCUUUGGAUACUUUAAACAAAGCUAUUAACAUUGACCCCAAGAACCCGCUAUGCAAAUUCCAUAGAGCUUCUGUAUUAUUUGCAAAUGAAAAAUACAAGUCUGCUUUACAAGAACUUGAAGAACUGAAACAGAUUGUUCCCAAAGAGUCUCUUGUUUACUUUUUAAUAGGAAAGGUUUAUAAAAAACUGGGUCAAACACAUUUGGCCCUAAUGAAUUUCUCAUGGGCAAUGGACUUAGAUCCCAAAGGAGCCAAUAACCAGAUUAAAGAGGCCAUUGAUAAACGUUACCUUCCCGAUGAUGAGGAACCAAUAACUCAAGAGGAGCAAAUCAUCGGCACAGAUGAAUCCCAAGAGAGCAGCAUGACGGAUGCAGAUGACACACAGCUCCACGCAGUUGAAAGUGAUGAAUUUUAA